UUGAUAUCCAUCAGAGACUACAAUGAGCGUAUAGCGUACGUUGAUGCAACAUCUACUACAAGUAUGGUAAUAUAUUUAAUAAGAACUUCUUUCUCCAAGAGCAGAUGUCGAUGCGGCAGACAAAAGGCGUUGACGCGUCUGGAUAUCCUUACAAUGCGGCAAACAGAUGCGCACCUCGACGUGGCAUUUGUCUGUAAAUCACAUGGGCAAAUAGCACACACACAGCCUCACAAUCUCUUGGACGCGUGUGUGCGUAUCUCCACUCAAGGCUGCGCGUACCUGCUUCUACCUGACUAUCGCAUUCUUGUUCUAUCUGCGGAAUAUCAGAGGUUCGCGUGUGUCGUAACGGUUCUUCUCAGGUUAGUCUUGGAUCAAACAUCUUCUGUGAUGAUUGACAUCGUAAUUACUAAUGCAGAAAACCUGUUCAUUAAUAACCUUCAAGUGAUUAUGACACGCUAUGAGGUUUUAUAA